AGCCUUUUCUUUGUAAACAAGCGGCAUAAAAGUACAGCUCCUAUCUACGCCUACUUGAAUGUGGAAAUACUGAAAUUCAGCGUGAGCUGCGCUGCAAAAAUAGGCUCUAGCGCCUAUUACUCUCCGCUCACUGCUGGGACGCUUCACCUCGAGACUCAAGAGUUCAUAUUGAGGUUUAGACCUCAAACUCCCUCUUCAGUCCAAAAGGUGCAUUUAUUGUUUCCACUCUGAAAAAAACAGAGGACUCGUUUUGAAAUCGGCCACAUUGUGACGUCAGGAUGUGAUGUUUAUUGGAUUGUCUCCACCUCCACAGCAGACAAAUCGUCGCUAUGAAUUAAUGAAGAGCUGUUUCUAUUGGUAUUGUAGUUUGCUUCCUCGAUGCGAUGUCGAAUAAGGUCUCCAGACGUUGUUCUGUUCCUGGUUGUAGAAAAAUUGUAUCUCUGCAUCGGCCUCCGAAGGAUCCAAACCUUAGAAACCAGUGGCUUAAAUUUAUUUUUAGCGAAGUGCCUGAUCGAGUCAAUGUGGGAACCUUUGUUUGUUCGAAACAUUUUACUAUUGAUGCUUUUGUGAAUCACUCACAACACGCUGCAGGCUUUGCAACCAAACUUUUUUUGAAAGAUGGAGCAGUGCCAACUAUAUUUGACCCCACAGUACAGCCAGAGGAGCCAGGAGAAACGCUGGGAAGUAGCAGCAACAGGGUGUCGAUGUGGCUGUGUCCUCUGUGUCAAGAAAGUCAACCAGACCGUGUGAAUCUCUCUCUUCACCUGUCAGAGAAACACAGUGUCCUCCCUGCUUGCCUUGAAAAGUUACUGGAUAUUGCUGCCCCCAAGCACCCUUCUAUUGCUGAGGAUGAAGAAUCCAAAGUCCAAAAUGAUGCAGAUGACACAUCUCAGUGGAAACAUUUAGAGAACACAAAGUCCCCCUCAAUGGCUUCCCAAAAUGAGAGUGAAUGUACAGAUGCAGGUGACAAAGAUGGUUCUUUUCAUGAAAAAGAUAUUGAUGAAGAGAUGGAGGAAGUAAGAAAUGAGGAUAGUGAUGAUCAGGACAAUGUUGAGCAAACUGUAAAAACAUCAGAGGCUUCUGUUAGCAAUGGCAGGUCCGCUGGUAAAAACAAUGUAGCCUCUGAGGGUGAUAACCGUCCAUUCAAGUGUAAUGCAUGUUUGGAGUCAUUCCCCAGCAGAACGGCUCUGAGUGUUCAUUAUAAUUCAACCACCCAUAUUCAGAGGAUGAGAACAGGGACAGUGAAAGAAAAUGACUCGACACCCUUCCUUGCUCGACCUUACGUCUCCAACAAACCAUACCAGUGUGCCGUCUGUCGUGUCUCCUACAAUCACGCUAUCACCCUGGAAAGUCAUUUAAAAUCUGUUUUGCACCAGAGUCGCAGCAGGAGUGCUGGGAAUGCUACUCCUAGUUCCACUGCAAAUACAGGAACUGGAACCAUGGUUACAAACAUGGCUGCGACCACCGUUGGAAACACCACACAAUUAGUUAACGCCUCCACCAGCAAUUGUGUCACCCAAGCAAACCUGACUGCAUCAGCAGUAAUGACCAAAGACGGAGAGCAGGUGCAGCCUCAGCUAGCACCCUCAUUACUUUCUUCUCCAGUGGCCUCUGCACAAGCAAUGUCUGCUAUUCUCACUCUCCUGACUUCCAGCCCAAAUUCUCUCCCACACUCCAUCCUUCCUUCUCUCUUUACAACUGGGGCAUCUGCAACACCUGGGGCAGCUACCCCACAGCUUAUAUCCCAGCAUCAGAUGCUCAUGCCCCUGGUGUUGAAUGGGCUCCAGACCCAAAUUCAGGGCCAGAAUCCAGAGUCUCCGGACCAGCUUUUGCAACAAGCAGUGCCAGUUCUUGGUCUCAGUGCCGCACAACAGGCUCUCUUGGCCCAAAGACUCGGUGGCUUACAAAGUCAUUGGCCUGCAUUUGGCCUCCCUACCACCACCCAAAUUAAUUUGGAAGAGACAAAAAUGACAGAAAUACAAAGUGAGAUAAAAGUUGAGCUGUCUGAUCAGCAAACGUCACAGAAAUCUGAUGAGGACUGGACAACUGAUGUAAAGAAAGAGAUGUGCAACAAAGUUGUAAACAAACUAGAGCUCGGCCAAUUGAAGGAUAAGAACAUGGUUGAUGGCAUGAUGUGUGAUGAAAAUGAGCAAGAAGAAAGUAAAAUAGAAAAUGAGAGAACAAGUGAGGAGGUCGAUGCAAACUCCAAAGUAGACCAUGUUCUCAGCCAUACAGGUACUGUUAACAGCUCUUGUCCUGUUAACUGCACCUUUCGUAACACUAACCUUGCCUUAAGAUCUUCAGGCCAUAAGAGUGCUAAAGCUCAUCCCCUCUUGUCUUCAGGAUGUCCUAUGCUGACUGAGUUCCAGACUCAGGUUCUGUGGGCCUUUCUAGAGUCACGAGAUGAGGCUGAAGGAUCUAGCCCUCAGCGGGAAGAUUGUGAAGCCCUCGGCAGAGAGGUGGGGCUAACUGGGGAAGAGGUACGCAAAUGGUUCUUGGAUGCCCGGAAUGCCAAAAAAAGGGACCGAUUAGACAGCUUCCAUGAUGAGAGAGAUAGAAGUUUGGAAGAUGAAGAAGGUGAUUUAAUGAUAGAUGAGGGUGAAGACGAAGACAGUCCAUCAGCUACUGGCAGUUAUGCAAUUGACUUAUCCUGUAGUGCAGAAAGAGAGAGAGAAAGUAUUGGUAAGGGAAGCCCACGAGAGCUGCUUUUGACGUCUGACUCUGAAAAUGAAGAGUUCUACACCUCGGUUAUUGUGACUGAUGAAGAGAGUCAAAGCAGCUCUGUGAGGGAAGAGUCAGGUAGCCUGAUCAAACAGCUUUCACAGGUAGAGACAAUAAAAGGUGAAAGGUCAAGUGGUGGUGGAAAGGUUCUUCGCUCUACCACAGUCUUCCUCUCGGAUGCUGAGGAUGAAUAUGAUGAUGAACAGAGCACAAAGAGAAAAAAGAGAAAGAGUGAGAUUGACAAGGAAGAUGUGGAGAUCAAGCGAGAGAAACAAGAUGUAGAUGUUGAUCUUCAGUUGGAGGCACAAGCAGACCCUCCUACUCCUGUUGCAGUUGAUCAUCAGGGCAUCCCAUCUGGCAUCUUGCAGACCCUGCCCCUUUCCCUCUCAUUGGCUCCACUUUCCACCCAGUUAUAUAGUCCCUAUGUUCUCUCACUUCCUUCAUCAGUCGUUGGGGUUGCUAAAGGAGAUCGGGGUAAAGUGACAGCCUUUUCCAACCCUCAAGCAGUUGCUGCCACUUCUCUUACACACCCCUUAUCUAAUGGUAAUGAUUGUGAGUCUGCUUUGGAUCUAAGCAUUGGGAAAAACCACAGCUCUACAAUAUCAUCAUCUGUCUCUUCAGCCAACAUGUCCUCCUUACAGAAAACUACUUUGCUUGAUGGCCUGGGACUGAGACCAGCAACUGUUGGCGUUCCUGGAGAUGGAGGGCUUAUUGUUGUUCAGGUAAAGCCAGAUUCUACCAUUGCAAUCCCAUCUUCCAAUAAAAGUACUAUAACAAAUCGCAAUAAUUUGGCUAAGACUAGCACUGUAUACAUGAGGGCAGCAGAAAAAGUUAACACAUCACUCAUGGGAAGGGAAAAAGAGAAGGAACGAGAAAAAGAGAGAGAGCAUAAAAGGCCUAAAGUACGGCGGUUCAGGGACAUGAGACGAUCCAGGACCAUCAUUCAUGCUGAUCAGCUGGAUAUUCUCUAUGGAUGCUAUUUCAAAGAUCCAAAUCCAGGAAAACACGAAUUUGAACAAAUAUCCGAGUGGGUUAACCUUCCAAAGAAAGUGGUUCAAAUCUGGUUUCAGAAUAUGAGAGCUAGGGAGCGCAAGGGAGAGGUCCGUUUUAUCAGUGAUGGCACUUUGGCAGCUGUUGGAAAACCUCUCAUUAAAUUCACGUGGCCACUCUCUAAGCCCAUAUUCUCAACCCCACCUAAAUCUAACACAAGUCCCUCUACUGGCUGGACCUCUUCAAACCCCCAGAUUGGAAAUGUUCCUCCAAAGAUUAAGGUGGUCAAGGAACCUCUGAAAGUCCCCACUCAAGGUCCAAGUAGACCAAAUGAGAAGCCCCCCUUCACUGUUGUGUCCACAAGUCCAUCAUUAGCACCCAAGACCAAAGCAGAAACAACUCCCAUUACAAUGGUUAAAAUAGCUCCCAAGGCAGUAGCCAGUCCACUUGCAGUUCCUUUGUUAGUCAGUGGGACUCCUACAUCUCAAUCUGCUCAGAAAAGGAAGCUUGAGGAGGUAAAGGCUGAGUCAGACAAUACAGAUGAAGAGGAUGUUGAUUUCAAAGGAGUUGAGUCUGGGACUAUCAACCGCAUGGUGCCAAAAUUGUCCACAACGCCAAUUAACAAAUCUUCUGCCUUGGCAUCUCAGAAACACAAUGGACUCAAAUACUGGUCUCAAAAAGGUCCAUUCAAGAUAAACACUCUAUCAAGAGAACAGUUAGGCCUAAGCUCCCAGCGACCUAUAUCCACCCCCACCACACCAUCCCCUGUGACAGUUACUGCAUCCUGUGGUCAAAGCCAAAAAGAAACAAGUUUCAUGCAGCAGAACUCCACCCCAAGGCGACCUCGAACUCACCUGAACGGUCUUCAGCUGUCUAUCCUGCAGUCAUGCUAUGAGACAUGUGCUCAUCCUAAUGCACUGGAGUGUGAUGCAGUGGGGACACAGCUUGGGCUUCCACUAAAGGUUGUGCAAAUUUGGUUCCAGAAUACACGUGCAAAGGAGAAACGCUGGAGACUGCAACAAGAGAAGAUGUCUGCUAAUCCCAGAGACCCCUCUAAGAAGGUAGACAUCAGUUCCGGUAGCUACCUACAAUACAAUGCCCUCCGAGCCAACCGUCCCAUCCUGCCCAAACCUGUACAACUGACAGUUGUGGAACCUACUCCGUCAUAUACCAUCGGCCAGUCAACAGGCCGUGAGACUCUAAGAGGCAAGUGUCAGGCCUGUGGGGUUGAAUUUGAAUCCAGGGCUGCAGCACGUGACCAUGUCUUCUCGUCUCGGCAUCUUGCCACACUGAGAACCACUAACUUCGGUCAGCCAGCAUUGGUGAUGAGCAAUGGAUCUGGUACUGGAUCUACUGGUGUUGCUAGCCAGUCUUCUUCCCCAUCACCAGCUAGCAGCUCCAGCUAAAGAAUUAAAGCUGGUGCAGUUUGUGGAUGCACUAGACUUGUUGGCUUUCAAUAGACAGAAUAUGGGUGCUGGUCUUUUAAGCUAAUGUUCUUUUCGAGGCUCUAAGAACAGAGUGGGCCCAGAUGACUCUGACCAUCUCCACUUGCUCUCCUUGGAUAUCAGCAAGACAUUAUUACAUAGAGUGUAUGCUUACAGGGCUCCUUUUAAUUAACUAUUGCCACAGCAUCAUUUUACUAUAAAUAAUCUACUGAAAUAGUAAUCAUGGACAUGCUAAUGCUUAUGUGAUUAUGGUCCAUUUUUCACAACUUCAUCUUGGUUAUGUCUGGUAAUAAUUACUCACAUUCACACAAAACACUUUAUUUGAUUGGGAGAAUUUAUGGUAAUGAAGCACCCAAAAACUCAACCAAAGUGCUAUGGGUUGUCAGUUAUGUUUUGGUACUGCUUUUGCUUGAGCCAGGGUGGUUUUUAUUAGCCUGUUUUAAAGCCUAUAUAGAUAAGUUGUUUCUAAACUAAUUUAUCUUCGGUCGUCAAAGAAAAGUAUUCUGUAAACAGAAGUUUUUGAUAACAACUGGUUUCGUUGAAAGAAAUGUCUAUACUAACAGUUGAUGGUAAUGAAAUAUUAGGGAUGAAAAUUAAAGCAGAGAAUAUGUUUAGUCUGGAAUCUGGAUAAUUUGGGAGAGUGUUCUGAAUCCUGACACAUUAAAACAAGUAAGUUGUGAACCAUAGAAUAGCUAUUUUUAAACAGCCAUCAUGACAAUCCUAUAUUCAUCAGCAAAGCUCUAGUUGAAAGUUUAAGGUGUCAGAUGGUCAUCAUACAGCACUUUGACCCUUUUAAAAUCUCAGACAUGUUUUAUAGGUUUUUGUGUUCCACAAAAUAAACAUAAUUUUGUUGUAUGGUGAAAUACAGUAAUGGCAAAUGAUGAUAAAUUAUUAAUCAGCUUUUAAUGUUAUUUUUAAAGAAUUUGCAUUGCACAUAGUGAAACAUGGACAAAAAAUGAAUCAGACCUAGCCAUUGUGAACGAAGCCAAAGUCAAGUCUUUACUUACACAAUUUUAUAUAGAUUUGUGGAACAUUGAAAAUCCUAUACCUUUAUACCCUCUGAGCAAAACCAUUUUGUUUAGUUUAGGGAAUAUCCCCAGCUUGUCAAUAUGAAAUAGACACAAAAGUCAUUUAUUUAUGGUAAAAUCAAAAGCAUUUUAGAAGUAUGGGAGAGAGAUGUCAUUUUUUUUCUUGUUUUUUUAUUAAGCAUUUUGUGUUGUUGCAAACCAAGUGCUCAUACUGAGUAGAUUAAAGUAUUGUAAACCCACCAGGAGAAAAGACAGUGCCAUUUAGUGGACCUGGAAACUAUUCAUCAGGGCAACAGGAGGUGCAAUUUGAAGGACAUGAAAUACUAAAGACGAUUUUCCUUUUUGGUUUUAUUUUGUAUAUUAUUAUUGAUACUAUUAAUACUUAUAACAAAAUGCAAAACUAAAAAAAAAUAAUAAUAAUUUUUAAUGAACUAUAUUAAGAAAAUGAUAUUCCAAAGUUUUUUCUCUUGUUUUGUCUCAUUAAAGAAACCAAAAAAGCAAUCUUGAUUGGAAGUGUUCAUAAUGCAAACCACAAAGGAACUCCCCAUACCUUGACACUUUGAACUAGUCCAGGGUUUAAGCAUGAGCUACAGAUAGAGCAUUUUAGACAACUCAACUUGGAUCACUUGAAAUUCAUAGAAACAUUCUGUUUCAGUAUAUCCCAGCAAAUACAAGUUGUUUUUUUUUAAAUGUAGUGUCAAGUUGUAGCUCAUAUUGAAUGAACAUGGACUGGGUUGUAGUGCAGUGCUACAGGACGUGGGAUCGCAUGGUGUAGCACUGUUCGGAGUAUAUAGGUAGAAUAUGGAGAAAUGCUUUAUAUUAUCUUUUCACUUUUUUUCAUUGACACUUAUCACUUACUUAUAACUGUACUACUUACUAUUUGUUUUUUUUUAGUACUCUGAUCACUGUUUUAUUAUUGAUUCAUACCUAUUUUUAAUGGCAUCUCAAAGUUAGAGAUGUUAUUGAUAUGCAUAUUGAAUGAUAAUGGUGGCAGUCUUGUUAUGAAAAUUUGACUUGAUUUAGCUUGUUUUCCCACUCACUUGUACCUCCAGUUUGCGUUGGUUCUCCUUUUUUUCCUUAUGCAGAAAACAAAUAAACUGAAGUUUAUGUA